CAUCACCCACCCACCCACCCAACACCCAUCCCCGCCUCACCCCCUCACGAAACAACAUCAGCAAUGUCCUCCGCCAUCUUCCGGUUCGCAUCAAGGGCCGCCGCUUCCCGCUCCGCCAUCUCCCGCCUCGCACAACCACAACAACUCCACCGUGCCGUCGCACGGCCGAUGCUCGCCGCAUUGCCGGUCCGAUUCUUCUCCGCUGAGAAGGCCCCUUUGACUCCUCAGCAAGUGGAGGACCGCGUGCUGCAGCUGCUACGUGACUUUGAUAAGGUUGACGCUAGCAAGUUGUCCUUGGACGCACAUUUCAUCAACGACCUCGGAUUGGACAGCCUGGACCAGGUUGAGAUCACCAUGGCUCUGGAAGACGAGUUCAACAUCGAGAUCCCCGACCGGGACGCCGAGGAGAUCCUGACUCCCCGACAAGCAGCUGACAAGAUCUUCAGCAACAAAAACGCCAUGUAGAUUGCCCCUUUUCUUCGAUUACAUGAAUAAACUUACGGCACCCUUUAGCCUUACCUCCUGCUCUUUCCGCCCCUCCCGUGCACACCAUCUCUUUGAAUAUCCGUUUGUGAAUAUAUAUCCGCGGGUUCUCUCCCCUGUUUUUUUCCGACGUGAAGCAGUGUUGGCCGAGGUACUCUCCCCAUGGGGCACACGCAAAAAGACAGAACGGCUAGAACCCAUCCGUACGGACACAGGGCGGUAUUGGCUGCU